AUGACGAAGCACUGGACGUUCACGGGAUUCGAGCAGCGGACACGUUGGUUAGCAUUGCUUUUCGUUGUCGGUAUGGCGAUCAUCAUCAAGAAUAUUACAGCGGAUAUAUCGGUAAUCGAGCGAGAUGAAUGCAGUGGGUAUCGGCGCUUCAAAGUAGCGUUUCAACGAAGUGACGCCUAUCAUCUCAGUCUCUUCAAUACCGUCGCCAUUUUCGUGCCUUUUUUCACGCUAAUCUUCCUCAACGGCGGGAUCGUAAUGAUGUUGAGGAAGCAAAAUGUACAGCAAUUACGUUCGUUAAUUACCGAACUCACGAUGGGUCAUGAUGUGAUGAAAAUCAGGCGACGAAAUCUGCGAACGGCCACAAAUACCCUCAUAGUGAUCAUAUCAGCGUAUUUGAUAUCGAACCUGCUCAACGUCUAUCUGACCAUCACAGAGUACUUUAAUGCUGACUUUCUCCACGUCCAUCAUCCGGAUUUCUUUCGACUGGCUGCCGAUUUCGCCUCAGUUCUGACCGUCAUCGGAAAUGCUAUACGAUGUCCGGCACAUUUCUUGUCAAGCUCUGAAAUUCGACAGCAGUUCUCGCUGAUGGUCUUCGGCGAAGUGCAGGAUAAAGCGGUGAAAUUUUUCUCAAGCCUUCAGAGACUUGCAACAAUUAACAUUUUAAUUAAUUGA